AUGACCUUUCGCCGAAAAAAGGUCAAAGACGAUUACAAGUAAGUCUGUUUUUUCCUGUGAGUUAAUUUUGUUUUCGCUCUCAAAACAUCGAUAUUCUACGAAAUCUGGAUAAUUUAUAUUAUUGAUUUCCUGUAUUAUAUGACACUAGUUUUUUUUUUCUCCUGCAAAAAGGAACGCUUGACUUCAGCCGAUAUGAAAUAAUUCUUCUACUUGUUACGCAACUGGGUUAUAUACCGAUAGCGUCAACAAUGCUCAUGACAACGUACUACGAACCGUCGAAGGUUUUAGUUGGAACGCCCUUAACUUAUCGAUUUUAUCCUUAAGGAGUUCUGUAUGCAUGUCAAUAACAAUAACUCUUUGGCCGAAGCUUUCGAGGAAUGGAACGAGGUUCAAGCUGACUCAUCUAACAAAACAAUUAACCCACUUUUCUACGUUCCAGAAUGAAUUCUACUCACUGACUGUACAAACGGGAGAAGCAUGUACAGAAAAAUCCUCCCAAGUUACCACUAGAGCUGCCACAGUUCUAAUGAUCGGAACUUUGAUCGGCUCUUUCGCAGGCGGCGCACUUGCGGAUAACUUCGGAAGGAAGCCUGUGGUUCUAGGUGAGCUUUUUAGAAUCUUUCUGUUUUUUUUUCUUGGCCUACUGCUCAGUUACACUCAACAAUAUUUUUUUAUAGAAGCGUCCACAUAAUACUCUCCCAAAUUAGACUAGCGAGACUUUUUCAUCAAAAUGGUUUUGCUUUUCACAACGGCCUAAAUUAACAUGGAACCAAACUGACAGUAAAUUGAAAAAUAACCAAAACAAAGACGAAAAAAUGCAUCAACCAAUUUAUCAUCUUUUGGAUUGUACGUGUUGUGGUUAUAUAGGGUUUCAUGAAAAAGUCUGAACUCGGUAAAUAAAGAAAAAAGUUUACUAAAACAGCUAUUUCACCAGACAAGAAUUUUCCCAGCUCGAGCUCUCCAUAAGCACCAAACUUUUGUGAACAAAAAUUAUCGAAAAAUAAAAUUUGCGUUCUCAGGUUGCUUGAUGCUUGUUUGCCUUGGAAAUGGUGCGAUUUGUUUUGCGGCUACUGUUCACUGGCUUUGGGAGUAUGUUAAUACCGUGCAGCUUUGCCUGGGCAUUUUCUGCGGAGGUUACAUGGUUUGCUGAUCUUUUUUUUGAAAUCAAACAAAAAAAAAUCCGAAGAAACUACAUAAAAAUAUUCCUUUGAAAAAAUUAGGGCUCUACUUUUUCUACGUUUUUACCGAUUCAUUUUCAAUUUUUUCGAAAUUAUAUUCAGUCGGUGCACAUAUUUUUUGAUUUUUUCGCAAAAAAUGGCGAGUCCUGGCAAUACAGUCGAUUUUCCUGGCUCAAAACGCGAGGAUCGCGGGACGCGUAGCGUGCGCGUGCGCGGCUCUUGAAAGACUUCAAUUCAAUCUCCAGUGCCUUUUUGGAGAGCGCGUAUAUUGCUCUUUUAUCUCUUUGUCAAUUCCUAAAUGAUUUUUCUCAUUUGUGCAACAAGAAAAUAGUAGAACUUUUUUUGCGAUUAUUCAUCACGUCUGAUGUUGAAAUUCGAAUGAAAAAAACGUCUGCUGUUCUCAGUUACACCUGGAAAAAUUAUAGAGCCAAAGAUUUUGAUUGAGUAAAAGAAAAAAACUAAAUUAGCGCCCGAUAGAAUUUUUUUCAGAAAAAAAUUGUGAAAAAGACGAGAACAUUGUUUAGAAUUCUCAUUCAAGUAAAAAAAGGAAAAAAAUUUUUUUGUCAUUUGAAAGAGAAAUAGAUAAAUUUUUUUGACUCAUCUGGUGUAUUCUGAAGCAUCCGAUAAUAGUAAUGAUCCUCAAUCAAAGAUUAAAUACCCGAUAUCGAGACCGACAUAAUUGGAAUAACCAAAAAAAUUUAAACGUUCCUAUUUUCACGUUUGACUGAUUAUUUAACUUCUCUUAUUCCUAGUUCGCAAUCGAAUUUACAGGUAUCAAAUUUUGUUCUGCUCACCGAAUCUUUCGAACUCAAACGUUCUCGUCUUCUCGCCGUGUCGUUAAAUGGCUGGAGUAUUUCUUUGGUGAAUCCAAGUGUAAAUCACGAAAGAGGAUUAGUUUGCAGAUCGCCGUGGGAAUGAUAGCUCAAUUAACUCGACACUGGCUCAAAUAUCAUUUUUGCGUUUCCCUGAUAGCCUCCAUUCUGGCAUUAACAUGUGUAGGUGUAAUCCGUCAAUGUUGAAAUUUCACGUAGCUCUGGUCAGCAUUUCAAAUGCCACGAAAGCUGUCGAUGGCUGGCCACAAUCGGCCGAUUAGAAAAAGCGAAAAAAGUCGCUCUGCAAAUCGCCUCUGAGAACGGAAAUGAGGCAGAAAAAGGUACUGAAUAACUAGGAAAAGUCUGUAAUUCCUUUUUCGCUAGAUAUCAUGUGGUACGAGGUGAUUGGAUUUUCUCCCAUCAAGGAAAUGAGUGUUGAUGUGAAGCGUUGCAAACUGAUGCUCAAGUAAGAAUGAGGACUUGAAAUAAUUCACACACGUAUUUGUUGAUUCAGAAACCGCAGUUUCCAGAAAGAUGUAUUUGUGAUGGUUUAUUGUUUCACUGCCAUGUCGGCGGUAUCUUUUGGGUCAGACCAUUUUUUUUCAAAUUUGAUGAGGUUUGGUUAUUAAGGUAUUAUUUCACACUCGACUCGUUACCUGGAAAUCGAUUCGUCAACACCUCUUUGAUGGGUCUUUUGAAAUUCAUCACAGGUCAGAAAAAUCGCGGUCGAGACUUUUGAAAAAAUUUACUCAGCAAGUUAUGAGUUUACGCUCUUCACCGUUACAGCUAUUUUUAGCAAUCAAAAAAGAACUUCGCAUGAUUCUUUAUUUUUGAUAUAAUCUACUCAGAUUUCCUUCUUCCUGUUGAAUCAUACAAUCGCACGCAACACAUAAAGAUUAAAUAUUAACGCCCUCUCAGGAUUUGUUCCAUUCUUUUGCUGGAAUCUUGUUCCGCGUCGGUACAUUGCUACUUUCUCAAUAGGAAUAUGCGUCAUUUGCACGAUUUCCAUCAGUUUGAUGUGAGAUUGAAAAAUUAAAAAACGUUUUAACGUAAUCCAUUUUGCAGAAAAAUAUUCAGUCCGUCGAACAACGAAUGGCUGUUGGUGGCGUUGGCCCUGACCGUGUCCGCUGGGAUGGAUCCGGCAUGGAAGAUCAGCCACUUGUACACUGCGGAGAUAUUUCCGAUCGAAGUCAGAAGUAUUGCACGCGGAGUUUGCAACGUCGGGGCGCGUCUCGGAUCCGUCUUUGCACCCACGGUACGGUGGCAUCUCGAUUUCAAAAAAAAAGUGUUUUUCAGAUUAUCCAUCUACGAUCUCAGAGGACUUACCUCCCAGACUCCAUUUUUGCUCUUCUUCUAAUUUUCCAGGUAAAUUGAUAUACUUUCCGUUAUUAGUUUGAUAUCCUAUACAAAAACAAAUUCUCGAUUUACAGACUUGUAUAAUGCUGCUUUUUCUACCUCAAGAAAACGUCCAAAAUGCAAGAAAUGAAACUUCAGAAGAAAAAAAAGAGAUGGUCGCUUCGUCCCAAUUAUAA